AAGAAACAAAGAAUAAAUCGCUGUCAAGUAACGGGAGACAAUAACGGCAACGCACCGGGGCGGUGCUUAGCAAUUUCUGUUACUGUUAAUCCCGGCCACUGCAAUAACCCUCUGCUUACCAGCGUUAAUAUAUAAUUUUUAUAUUUUUUCGUUAUCCGCCUGAGGCAAAACAGAGUCAAAGAGAAAAUAGAAAGGCGCUUCAGGGCGCGGAGAUUGGCGCGGACAUCUGAUUUGCCGAGGGAAAAUGUGAAAACCUCUUCGUGCGAAUUUUCACCGCUCGAAAAGAGCUGAUUUUUCCGGCUAAUUUGGGGGUUCCGCGGCCCUUAAUGGUUUAGAUUUCGAGGGAAAAUGUUUGAUGGUGAAACUGGGGGUUUAGCCCCUGCCAAUUCUAUCUGGAAAACAAGCUCUAUCAUGCAAGAGAGGUACAGAGAGUUAACAGAAGAUGGGAUGCAGGUGCCUAAGCGUAUUAAAGAAGAGACAGAUGAUCCAGAUUAUUUGGGGAAUCCACCCAAAAGAAGAAGAGAGAAUAAUUCUUUUUCAGAUUCGCUUUUACCUGUUGCAAAUAUAAUUUAUCCUAUCGCAAUUAGCCACAGCACUGUGACGAGACAGAUUGAAUGCACAAGUGAUUCCUGUAGAAAUUGCUCUUCUUCAUCUAAUGGUUCUGACUCUACUUAUGAAACAUUACCAUAUUUGCAUGCAAAAACUAGUGAAGAGAGACAGACAGACAGCAAUGGUCCUAGCUCAGAGGUCUCAUGGGCAACUGAGACAUCCUCUUUUUCUCUAAGCAGAGAAGCUGGGAUGAGAAAGACAAAUGGCAUGGCAAAAGAUUAUUACACAGCAAAACAAUCUGCAGAGUUGAUAGAAAUGGAUGCACGUGCUCCACUUGUAAGGGGAACUCGGGGAAGAGCCCAAACGCUUCCUUCUCGUUUCAAAGAUUCUAUUCUUGAACCAUGGAAGAAGGGUCCAUCUAAAGUGGAACCAGUGAAGAAGGGACCAUCUAAAGUAGAGCCAGUGAAGAAGAGCCAAUCUAAAGUCUUGAAACGCUUUGAGGAAGGACAGAUUCGCACAACACAUUCUCCUUUGUCAAUUACAAUUUCCACCAGACAGCCUACCGUAAAGCCAAAAGGAUCACAAGGUGCUAAUUUGAUUCACAGAAAGACCCAAAAUGGUUACAAAUUUCAAGAAGAAAUUCCAGUAGAAAUUCCCCUUCCAAAGACUGUCGAUCAUACUAUGAAAUGGAAUAUGGUUUUAGAAAAUAAAUGUAGGACGACAAUCCCACAGUUUUUGCAGAGAACAUCUGAAUUAGCAGGUUUGAACAGUGUACCGAGCAUUGUGGUUAAAGAAAAAACGACAUCUGGUGUUGCAGCGAAGGAUUUACAUCCACUAGAACAAUUUGCUUUAGGCGAUAUAGUCUGGGCUAAAUCUGGCAAGCGUAAAGAUCCUGCCUGGCCCGCUAUAAUAAUAGAUCCCAUCCGAGAGGCUCCAGAUAAAGUGCUCAGUGUUUGUGUUCCAGGACGAUUGUGUGUUAUGUUUUUUGGCCAUUCUUCAGGAAAAGAGAAAGAGAGGGAUUAUGCAUGGGUGAGGCAAGGGAUGAUUUUUCCUUUUAUGGAGCAUCUGGAAAGAUUUCAAGGUCAAACGCAGCUAAAUAAGAACAAGCCCAGUGACUUUAAAAUGGCAAUUGAAGAAGCAAUUUUAGCAGAAUAUGGUUUUACAGAUCUGGAGGAGUGCCCUCUUGAUAGUACCUCGAACCAGGGAGCACAAGGCUCUUUAACGGGCCAUGGGAAUGCUAGUCAAGUUGUUGAUGCCAGCAAAGGCCAACAGACGGGAAAUGAUCACAAAAGAGAGUGCAGUAGCUGUGGUGGAAAGAUUCCUUCAAAAGUAGCAUUGAAACAGAAGAACAAUUUUAAUCUGAACAAAUCACUUUGUAGACACUGCUUUAAGCUAUUCAAGUUCAAACAGUACUGUGGGAUUUGCAAGACUGUGUGGCAUGCUAUAGAUGAAGGCAGCUGGGUGCAAUGUGACAAAUGUCAGAUUUGGAUUCAUGCUGAAUGUGAUAAAAUUAGCUACAAUCAUCUGAAGGAUCUCAAAGAUGUCGAAUAUUUCUGUCCUGAUUGCAAGAAAGGGUUGGGUAUUGAGGCAUCUCAAAAGCAGCGGAUGACAAUUAAAUCCAGUAAACAAGUCAACUCAAUUGUUGUGCCAGAUCAUCUUGCUGUCAUCUGUUCAGGGAAGGACGGAAAAUAUUUGCCUAAGCAGCAUUUGAUGCUUUGUGAAUGUCGUCAAUGUGGAAAAGGCAAGAGGAUGACACUUUCUCUAUGGGAAAAACAUACAGGAUCGAGGAUGAAAAAAUGGAAGGAUAGUAUUAAAUUGAAGAGUUCAAAUAUACCUCUUAUGGCAUGGAUUAACCGGAUGUUAGAGGCUGGGGCCAGUGGUCUUGCAUACUUUAGCUCUGAUAGUCGUGCGCCUGGGAGAUUCCGGGAACAAGAAUUAAGUUUUUUCUUGCAAGCGAAGUAUGAACCUAUUAAAGUGAACUGGACAACUGAGCGUUGUGCGAUAUGUCGUUGGGUUGAAGACUGGGAUUACAACAAAAUUAUUAUAUGUAACAGAUGUCAGAUAGCAGUACACCAGGAAUGCUAUGGUGUAAGAAAACAACAGAACUUUGCAUCAUGGGUUUGUCGAGCUUGUGAGACUCCAAAUGUGAAGCGUGAGUGCUGUCUUUGUCCUGUCAGAGGUGGUGCUUUGAAACCUACUACUACCGGUCAAUUCUGGGUGCAUGUCACUUGUGCUUGGUUUGCUCGUGAAGUGUCAUUUCUGAGUGAGGAAACCAUGGAACCUGCUGAUGGCAUCUUAAGUAUACGAACGAAAUCUUUCCUCCAGGUAUGUGUGGUUUGUAACCAGAUGCACGGGUCCUGUAUUCAAUGUUGUAAAUGUCAAACACAGUACCAUGCCAUGUGUGCAGCAAGGGCAGGCUAUUGCAUGGAGCUACAUUGCUACUAUAGGAAUGGAAACCAAAUGACUAGAAUGAUUUCAUAUUGCGCUUCACACAAAACUCCAAAUCCAAAUACAAGUUUAAUUAUUAUGACACCCGAAGGAAGGAUCUCUACAAAAGAAGAACAGCAUGAGAUGGGAACUGGAAGUUUUUUGAGUUCAGUUGUAUUAAACAAUGCCACAAAUGACUCAAAGAAUGUGCCCAAUCAUACUUUGCAGCUACAACCAUCAUCAGCUUCGAGAUGUCAAAUUUAUGAACAUCAUGAUAACAAGCGAAAUAUAACAGCUAUAGCGCAAAGAGCAAUGGGAUAUUGUCGGCAUUCAGCAGAUGUCAUGGAAGCUAUAAAUGGGGUGAAACAGGAAGAAACAGACCCAGGAGAGUUCUCAUCUUUCAAGGAGCGCCUAUCCUACUUGCAGGUAACAGAGAAGAACAGAGUUUGCUUUGGAAAAUCUGGAAUACAUGGUUGGGGUCUCUUUGCUCGCAGGAAUAUUAGAGAAGGAGAGAUGGUUGUGGAGUACCGUGGUGAGCAAGUAAGAAGAAGCGUAGCUGAUUUGCGGGAAAUACGUUAUCGCUUGCAAGGGAAAGAUUGCUACUUGUUCAAAAUCAGUGAAGAAGUUGUCAUAGAUGCAACAGAAAAAGGGAAUAUGGCCCGUCUUAUCAAUCACUCUUGCAUGCCUAAUUGUUAUGCUAGGAUAAUGAAUGUUGAUGAUGAAGAGAGCCGAGUUGUACUGAUAGCUAAGAAGGAUGUUGCAGCUGCUGAGGAAUUAACUUAUGACUAUCAGUUUGAUCCAGAAGAGCGUAAAGUCCCAUGUCAUUGUGGAUCAGCCAUGUGUCGGAGAUUUAUGAACUAGAUCUAGCAUGCAGUCUCUGAAAGUUGAGAUUUUGUCCAAUGAGAGAGGCGGUCAACUUUGAGGAAAUUAAUUUAUAUUUUCUCUGUUGAUUAAUUCAUUCAAUUUAUUGUAAUAAUUCUCAAGCUAAGGUAGCUUGAAAUUAGAGCCAUGUCGGCUAUCAUGUAUAGUUAACUUGUGUUUAUUUCAUAAAUCUUACAGAUCAAUGUAUGAUUUGUGUAGAUAACAUCUUGUUCUUCCUACUUACGGGAGUCACUAGACUAUCAAGGAAUUUAUACAGAGUUGAGGUAACUAUGUAUCAAUGAGGAUAAGGCUAUUCUUGUCAAUAGAGUUUCAUCAUGUCAUUCUUUCUCAAUUUCUUCCUGAUGAAGCAAGGAAACCUCCCAUGGCUUGUCAAAAUCAAUUAUCUUGAUUGGGCAACUAGCAUUUGCUGCCCAUUUUCAUAAAAGAGGAUCUAGUUUGAAGUUGAUCUGUAAAUUAACAUUUUGUGAGGGGAGCGAAAUCAGGCUCUAUUAUCUCUUGAUAGUGUAUUUUUGUCAAAGUUAUUUAACAUCAAAAUAUCUGGUUUUAAAAUUCAUCAA